UCCCCAUCUGACAUCUGAUUUGCUGUCGAGACGGAAACAAGCAAUAAAGUUUAGUUUGCGUCUGCUGCAGGUGUGGCGGUGCGAAAGAAUGUUGUUGUUCAUGUGUUACGACGCGUUGUUUUUAUUGGAAACCUGUGUUUGCUGAGUUGCUUGAGGCAUCACAGCCUUAGCAAAUGACAUGAGGUAGCUCUGUUCGAGAGUAAAACUACUGUCUCAAUUUACAUUGUUGUGAAUAUGGAGAAUACUAGCCAUUUUGACGACUCGCCGGAACUGAAACCGGAGGGGGAAGGUGUGAUGUCAAGGGUUGCAGAAUUAAUGGAAAGGAUAAAAGAGCUUGAAACAGAGAAGCAGCAAGCAAAAGAAGAAUUUGGUAUACAGAGAGCCAAACUGAAGGAGCUUUACUUGCAGAAAGAGGAAGAACUAAAGAGGAGUACAGCAGAACAAGAGAGACUGAAAGAAGAAAAUCAGAAGCUCAGUGAUGAGUUAGGAGAAGCAAAAAGCCAGCUCCUUGUGGCAGGGUUUCACGUGGAAAGUGGGCAGCAGGCCGAGCGGAAAUGCCAGGAAGAAAUUGCUACAUUACAGCAGUUGGUACAUGAAACCCAGGAGUAUGAGAAUGAGGUGAAGCAACUUCAGAAGAUCAACAAAGAUUUGGAGCAAGAGGUACAUCAGUUACGUGCACAAGUGCAACAGCACCAAGGCACUUCAGACAGAAGUGGACGUGAUUCACCUAUACUUGCACCUAGCGUCAUGCUUUCUGCAGUCACUAAAACACUGGCUCGUAAAGUUGUCAGUCAGUUAGGUGCUGAUGCUUCCUCUGUGAUUCAAGACAACAAUCUUGAAGACAGUAUGAGGAAGGUAAAAAAGUAUGCCCAAGAAGAUGCAGAAGUCCUACGUUCAGUUGUAAUACCACUGGAAGAAGAAAUAAAAGUUUUGAAGCAGAAAUUACGAAAGGCAGAUGAACAACUCAUGCGAUAUCAAAGUAAUAUGGAAGAUUCUAUAAGCUUCCAUGAUGAUCUUGGCACUCCCAUACUCAAAGACACACCUUCAUUUCAAGUUAAAUCACCAAACAGGACGACCUCACUUGUUAACCUGUCAGGUGUUGAAAGUCCUAGUGGUGACACAGGAGGGCACCAGAAUUUUCCUGCAGAAUCUCCAAAGACAAAUAAAAUGAACAGCUCUAUGUCAUCUCUGCUGAGUUUAAAUGAGUCCCACUGCAGCUUAACCAAACAGAGCCCAGAUUCACAUUCUCCAGCACAUGAUGAACUGACGAAAUCUAUUACAGAUGCUCAAUCUGAAGAAAAACCAAAACAUACCUGUGAUAUGUGUGCUAAUUAUGAAGCACAAUUAGUGCGAUCUCAACAAGAAGCAAGGGAAUUGGAGAAGAAAGUUGCUGUUCAUGAACGUUCUUUACAGCGCUACCGAGAAGACCUUUCUAAGGAGUCUGAAUUCAGAAAAGAAAUGGAAGAAAAGUGGAAUGAAAAGAAAGAAGAACAUAAAACACAAGUGGCAGAAUUGAAAUCAAUGAUGGAAUCAUCUGAAGCUGCUCUUAAUGAUCUAAACAAAGUUUAUACAGAAACAAUUGCUGCAAUUUCGGACCAGCUGGCACGGCUGACAAAGGACAGAGAGAAAGCUCAAAAUGAACUUGAAAGGCUUCAAGCAGAAAAUGAUAAUUUAGUGGGCAAACACACAGCCCACUCAGAACAACUUCAGAAUGAAAUAAUCAAUCUGCCUGAUAAAGUUGAAGAUCUUCAGGAACUCCUGCUAAAAUUCCGUGAGGAACUCAUUUCAGCUAAAGUAGCAAAGGAGGCAAUAGAAGCCAAGGAAAAUGUUCUCCGUUGUGAGAUACAGUUGUUGCAGGAGGAACAAGGAAGACGAGAAGAUGUUGAGAACACAUUGAAACAAGACCUAGGUGACAUGAGAAAAAAAUUGGAGCAUUAUGAAAAAGAAAGACAACAUAAUCAUGAAAAACAAGGGAAACUGGAAACUGCUUUGACUGGAAGCCAGCGUAUGGUGACAGAUCUGAAGAAAAAAGUGGCAGAAUUGGAAAAAGAUAAGGAGAAAAUGGAAGGUACUAUCAGUGAACUGAAGGGGCGUAUAAGUUCAUUGCAGCGGGAACUGACUGAAGCAGAAACUGUCCAGAAAGACUUUGUACGCCUUUCGCAGUCAUUACAAGUACAACUGGAAAAAAUUCGUGGUUCAGACACUGAAGUCAGAUGGCAACAUGAAGAUGAUGUUGAAGUCUGUCCAGGAUGCAGACAGAAUUUUACUAUUGCGCGGAAAAAGCAACAUUGUCGACAUUGUGGACGCAUCUUCUGUCCUUCAUGUUUAACACAUACUGUGUCAAGUGGACCUAACAACCGACCAUCUAGAGUUUGUGAUGUGUGCCAUACUUUGCUUGUGAAGGAUACUGCACCCUAUUUCAGUACAGAGCCACCACAUACUCCAGAUUAACUUUGGAAAAUAUUAUUCCUGGUGUAUUUUAGAUGUUAACAAUUUUGUACAUUGUAUAUAUUACAUGUCCUGUUGUCUGUUGCAAGAUUAUUUUUGACAUAACACUGUAAAUCCCAUUUGCCCUAUACAUACAUGCAUGCAUGUAAUGUUCCUUUACAUACAUCUCUUUAUUAUCCACUUUAUAUUCUGUACUAUGAUUGUCUCAUUACUUUUCUAGUCACUGUUAAGAGUUCCUUAUAAAAGUGGAGUCUUUUACUCAGUAUGUGAUAAAUAUAUUUCUUUUUGAUGAUGGUGCUUGUUUGUAACACUUUGACGGGGUAUGGUAAUGGGCUGAUGUAACCUAAAGCAGUUUGACACAUCUACAAUUCAAAGACAUAUUUUAGGAAAUAAAAACUCAAAUGUCUUAAACCAUAUAAAAGAAAUGCAUGUAGAUGAAUGGUAUUUUUAACACAAUGGGCAUUUUACAGAGGAUAACAAUGUAAAAAACAUGCAAUUGCAGUACAAUAAAGUAUUCUAAAAUUAAAUAAAGUAUGGUGAACAUGUUCCGCCCAUUGUAAUAAUAGUGUGUAACUUGUUUCUUCUGAUUUUCUUGUAAAUAUUAAAUGAUCAUUCUUGUUUAAUGGAAGUUUAUAAUGAAGUUGAUAUAGUUCGAUAUGUUUAUGAAAUUGUUUCGUAGAAAUGAUAUUAUUGCGCAGACAAAGGGAUUUCGUGUAAAUAAACUUUUUUAUUGGUA